AUGAAACUUGCUGUAAUGCCAAACUACAAGGAAUCUCAGGGGAGAAAUGAAGCUCGACCCUUCUCCGCCUGCACAGACACCUUAAUUGCAAAGAGAUAUUUGAUACAGCAGCAGCUCGGCAGAGGAAGUUUUGGCACAGUUUAUCUCGUGUUAGACAAGAAGGCAAAAGAGGAAGAAAAACUAAAGGUUUUGAAAGAAAUUGCUGUUGGGGAGUUGAACCCAAAUGAGACUGUUCAAGCUAACUUGGAAGCCCAGCUGCUGUCAAAGCUGGAUCACCCCGCCAUUGUGAAGUUUCACUCAAGCUUCCUAGAGAAUGCUAGCUUCUGCAUCAUCACCGAGUACUGUGAGGGGAGUGAUCUCGAUUGUAAAAUACAAGAAAUCAAGAAUAGCGGUGAAGUAAUCCCUGAAGAUGAAGUGACAGAAUGGUUUAUCCAAUUGAUCCUCGGGGUCCAUUAUAUGCAUGAGAGGAGAAUACUUCACAGGGAUUUGAAAGCAAAGAAUAUCUUUUUGAAAAACAAUCUUCUUAAAAUCGGGGAUUUUGGGGUUUCGCGUCUUCUGAUGGGCUCUUGUGACCUGGCAACAACUUUUACUGGGACACCAUACUAUAUGAGUCCUGAAGCUUUAAAGCACGAGGGAUAUGACUCAAAGUCAGACAUUUGGUCUGUGGGUUGCAUUCUGUAUGAAAUGUGCUGCUUGGAGCACGCUUUCACUGGCUACAGUUUCUUAGCUGUUGUUCUGAAAAUUGUAGAAGGACCAACACCCUCUUUACCUGACCGUUACUCUGGUGACCUCAAUUUACUAAUGAACAGGUUGCUUAGCAAAGACCCUUCCCAUCGCCCAGGAGCUGGAGAAAUUCUACAAGUUCCAUAUAUAGCAGAACAGCUGCAGAAAGUAAAGUUGAGGCUCUAUGGUUCAAUUGUACAAGACGACAAAACUAUAAUCUGCCAAAAAGAGGCGGACCAAAUUAGAAGUGCUGUUCAGAGGAAGUUUCAUCUUCAAACGCUUCGAGAACUUUCAGAAGUGCAGAAAAUGACUCCCAGAGAAAGAAUGAGGCUACGAAAGCUGAAUACUGCGGAUGAAAAAGCAAAACGCCUAAAACAACUUGCAGAAGAAAAAUAUCAAGAAAAUCAGAGACGAAUGCAGGAACUGAGGUCCCGAAACUUUCAGCGACUUAGCAUCGAUGUCCUUCAUGAAGAUGAUGAACCCCCCAAACACCUUAUACAGUCAGAGCCAGUGAGUGCAAGAAAGUACAACUCUCACUAUGAUGAAAGUACUAAAGUACCAGACAGACUUUGUGAAUCAGAACCUUCUCGUCCUGAUAUUCCAGAAGACCCACAAGUAGCAGAAGAAUAUUAUGAAGAUGGCUUUGAAUCUUGUUCAGAGGAAAGUGAUAUAGAUUCCAUAGAAGAAGAAGACUAUGAUGAAGAGACACAGAUAACUCAAACAACCUAUAAACAGGUGCAAUGCAGUGACAUCAUUGUGCCUGCUUGGCUGAACAGAGAAGUUCACAAGCUGCAGAUCAUUGCCCAGCCUGUCAUUGACCUGAUACAGGACAUGAAGGACAUGAUGCUUCAUCUGGAAAAUGUCCUGGCUUCCAGCUGUUUGGAUACUCUGACUGCCACCAAAGUGUCUCCAUCAAUUCCCAGGCCAUCAAGUGAUAUCAACGACACUAUGGCACAGACUAAGCUGAAGCGCAUGAGAGAGUCGGCUGUAUCAAGUAUGGGAGCAAAAUCCUUUGAAAAGGUUUAUGAUUACCUGAAAAAGGCACGUCAACAUGACACCAGUGAAAAAGAAUUGAAGGGGCACUUAGAGACUCUUGUAUCCAGGGCAAGUGAGUGUUUUCUGGUGGACCAGAUUCUGUACUUAGAAGAAGAGCUCUCAGUGGCAUCAAGACAAGUCAAAUCCUGAUCUUAAUAGCCCUGGAGGAAUAGAAUCACCUAAAGGCGUGUGUGACCAAGAUCCAUCUCAACAUGAUACAGAUGGCAUGGCAGAUUACACCUGCAUGUCUUUUGGUGCCAGAUAUUCUUCACAACAGAAUUCUGAGAACUUGCUCCCUUGGUUGACUGGAUACGACAGUAUUACACAGCAUUACAGUCAAAUGGUGUAUGUUAAACUGGUAAUUGGGCCUGGCAUGUGUGACUAAAGCUGCUGAUUGUCAGCAUUGUACA